UUCCCGCGUCUUUCGUUAUUCCUCUUUUUCCACUUCUUCUUCUUCUUUCAUCGCACAAGAGGGAAUUUCUUCUUUUUCUUUCAUCGCACAAGAGGGAAUAAAGGUUUUCUUUAAAUCACUUUACUAAUCAACAAACUCAUGGCAAAAACUCCCCAGCCGGACCAACACCAUGACAUUGUCGAUGUUCCAGCACCCGUCAUUGAUGGCAAAGUAUCCAUCGAGCAACAAAUCGAAGUCUUCGUCCACGAUCUAUUUGACGUCAAGGAAAACAAAUCGAUUUCCCUCGAAGAAGUACUCGAGGGACUGCGUUACGUGAUGCAUUUCCGCGUCAAGGGCGGAUGUCAACCUCAUUUCGAUCCAGGACUCAUGAAGCGACUAUGCGAAGGCCUGCUGUUAAACACGGGCCAUACUGAAGGCCAUCUCUUACGCAAGCGCACUACCACCGCAGCCGAUAUGGCAUUUUUUCUCUUUGGUGAUUUUCUAGAAGAAGUCUAUGAGUUCCGCGCAAUUGUUGGCGAAAAAGACGUGUUUGAAUUACGCAACACAUUGAAAAUCCACUACCGUUGCCAGCCGUCUUCUACAGAAGAGCAAAAACGGAGUGCCAUUGCCAUUGUCCAGCUCUUGACCGAGUAUUUCCCAAGACACAUCAGCGAUUGGCGCGAUCUGAUCAAGGAAAGCGAACAAGGCGACAUGGAGCAGCUCUUGGCAUCGCCUCUGGCGAAAGAAAUGGAUAAAGAAAAGUCAAAAAUGCCACGUUCCACAGCAAAUCUCGUGGCCACCGACAACAACGAUUCAUCGAUUGUCAUGCUCCCUCCACCACAGGCGCUUUAUUUUGAUCGGUCGGUCGAAAAGCUCAUGAAAAUGUUCCCACACACGCAUCCAACCAAUGGCCUGCCGUCGGCUUUGGUCCGCGCAUUGCGUGAGCAGUACGGCAUCAACAAGUUGCCAGACCCGCCUCGUCCGAGCGCUUUGAAAAUGCUCUGGACUCAGCUGACCGAUUUCAUGGUCUUGAUGUUGUUGGCAGCAUCCAUCAUUCAAGCUGGCCAGCAGGAAUUCAACAGUAUGGCGGUUCUGCUGAUCGUGGUUGUUCUCAAUACUGUCAUUGGCUUUAGCCAGGAAUGGAAGGCCGGCAAGACGCUGAGCGCAUUGAUGGAUUUGACUGUUCCAAAGGCACAAGUGAUUCGUGACGGGGAGCAACAGAUUGUUGACUCGGACGAUUUGGUACCAGGUGAUCUGGCAGUCCUCGAUGAAGGUGAUGCAGUUCCUGCAGAUAUCCGGUUGAUUGAAGUUGCACAACUGGAGAUCGUUGAAAGUAUCUUGACCGGCGAAAGUCUGCCAGUAACCAAAAAGACAGACGCCAUCAAAGCAAAGUCACGCCGAAUCCCUCUCGGUGACUGUUUGGGUAAUGUUUUCAUGUCGACGACUGUUGCAAAAGGGCGCGGUAAAGGCAUUGUCGUACGAACUGGUGUACAAACCGAGAUUGGUAAAAUUAGCACUGCAAUCCAAGCUGGAUCAAAACGCAAAACAAAGACGCCGAUCCAGCGCCGACUCGACAAGCUGGGCAAGUACCUUGUUCUGAUUGCUAUUAUAUUGUGUGUUCUUGUGGCUGUGAUCGGUAUUGCCUGGAAGAAAAAUGUCCAAGAAAUGGUCAAUGUUGGUUUAAGUUUGGCAGUUUCCGUUAUUCCGGAGGGUCUUGUGGCCGUGACUACUGUUACCAUGGCGCUCGGCGUGCGUCGUAUGGCUGCAAAGCAAUGUGUUGUACGUACAUUGCCAGCUGUAGAAUCUCUGGGAAGCGUGACAGUUAUAUGCUCUGACAAGACCGGUACAUUGACCGAAGGCAAGAUGGGUACGUCUGAAAUGUGGACUGCAGAUAACAAUGUAUAUCGGUUUACCGAAUCAACGUCGUUGGAUCCUACGCACGGUGAGAUUAUCGUCGAGCCAGCCGAACUAAGACGUCGUAUGAUCCAUGUUCGCCGCACAACUGCACCUAUCGCAGACGAUCCCAUCAACAACGGUGACAACAACAAGGACGACCGAGACGAUGAAGAGAAACAAACAAGCAGUCAACAACAACAAGGGAUCGACUAUGCAGCUCUCCGGUCCCGACCCAUUGACAGAUCCAACCCUGCUACAUAUGCCCCACACCUGAAGUACUCUUUAAUGGUGGCUGCACUCUGCAACAAUGCUUCUGUGCAUCUGGAGGAGAAAACAGGCGAAUGGAAAACAAUCGGUGACCCAACCGAAGUCGCAUUAACUGUAGCUGCUCAAAAAGCCAAUGCUGGUGCUCGCUACUGGAUUGAUCAAAAAGGUUAUACCAAGGUGUUUGAACGAGCAUUCGAUAGUGAGCGCAAGUUGAUGAGUAGCGCAUACAUGCAGAAGCAGCAGCCCCAAAAAAAGGAUAACAGUGAUGCUCUUCGUACUACGCUGCUGCUAUGUAAAGGUGCUCCAGAGGAGCUGUUACGUAAAUGCUCGUCUUACUUGCCUCCCAAAUCCACCAGUCAGCAGCAACAAAAUCACACUCGUCUCGGAAUUGACACCACAUCUUCAAGCAGUUCCUCACUUACUACAACUACUACUACUGCUGCUGAUGCGGACGAAAUACUACAAGCUAGCAUGUCUAUGAACGAAACAUUUGCGACCCAAGUCACUGACGAAAGCUCGCGGAUGGCAUCACAAGGUCUGCGAGUCCUGGGUCUUGCGCUCAAAGUCAUUAAUGAUGAUGAUGGGUCUUUAUCGAGUACGGAUUCAGCCGAUAUGGCUAAGCACCCAAGCAUGGCCGAGAACGAGUUUACCUUUGUUGGAUUGGUUGGCUUGAUCGAUCCUCCAAAACAAGGCGUCAAAGAAUCUGUUGAUAUAUGUCAACAAGCCGGAAUUCGUGUCAUGAUGAUUACUGGCGAUCAUGUUGAAACAGCUGUUGCAAUUGCAUCCAAGCUGGGUAUCUUUAAAAAAAAUGCUCCCGGCAUGAGUCGUGCCAUUUUGGGGCGUGAGCUCGACUUGCUUUCCGAGGAAGCUAUAAUUGAACUGGAUCCUUUCCCCAAUGUGUUCGCCCGCGUGAGCCCCGAUAACAAGUUAACUAUUGUCAAGGCAUUACAACAACGUGGAGAAUUGGUAGCCAUGACCGGUGAUGGCGUGAAUGAUGCACCUGCAAUCAAAUCUGCAGAUGUAGGUGUCGCCAUGGGUCAAGCCGGAACUGAGAUUACAAAGCAGGCUGCCGAUCUUGUGCUGCUGAAUGAUAACUUCACCACUAUCAUUUCUGCAGUCGAAGAAGGCCGUCAUGUCUUUGAUAAUAUCCUCAAGUUUAUCGUCUAUUUGCUCAGCUGCAACGGCUCCGAAAUAUUCUUGAUGCUCAUUUGCACAAUUGCCAACAUCGACACGCCAUUCACCGUGAUGAUGAUUUUGUGGGCUAACAUCAUUGCCGAUAUUCCACCGGCUAUGGCAUUGGGUGUAGAGCCAAGAGAAAAAACACUUAUGCAACGAUCUCCUCGCGAUCCUCGUACUGGUGUCGUGACACUUGGCGUAUGGAUAGUGAUUCUUGUCCAAUCGCUGUUAAUGUCUGCACUAGCCCUAGGAUCUUAUGUGCUUGCACUAUACAGAUUUAAUUAUGAGCACCAUCAGGCUCAAUCCAUGGUUUUCACCAACUUGACCAUGAUUCAAUUGAUUCAUUCGUUCUUGUCACGUAGUGUGCAUCUUUCUGUCAUCAAGACAGGUGUUCUCAGCAAUCGAUGGAUGUUGGUGGCUGCGGGUGUCUCCUUUUUCUUUUUGAUCCUAGGCGUUUAUGCUCCUGGAAUCUCGACUUGGCUUGAGCUGUCUUACGUUGACUGGAGAUCGUGGGUGAUGAUCCUUGUCUGUUGUACCAUCCACAUCGGUUUGGUCGAAUUGCAAAAGUUUGGCCUCAGAUAUUAUAACAUCACCAUCUAAAUACCACUGUGUGUUUGCGUUUGUUGCAGUAGCAUCGUUACUGCUCUUGUCACUUUCCUCUACAUUUCUUACAUUUUUUCCCUUGUGCUGUAUGAUGUAUCCUAUCACAUGAUGUUGUAUCAGUAUUGUUUUUACUUUCUCUUCGUUUCAAUUAUAAUACAAGUACUUUCCUCUCCAAAGUUUCCUCUCAAA